AGUGUGCGACUAAUUUAUUUGAAACUUUAAUGGAUGAUUGCUGUACCUUAAUUUAAUAAUGGAUUCUGUUAAUCUGAAUAAGAGUAUUGAGGAGACCGUACGCUUGGUCCUAAGCAAGGAGGAGCUGGAGAAGCAAACGCGCAUGAUUCAUGAAGUGAAGAGCAUUCCCAAGACGCAGUCGUGGAGCUUGCAGAGUGUGGGCGGCUACUUUAUGCCUACAGAGGAGAUUGCCAAGCUGUCACUGACUCGGCAGGAGCAGCUGCUGGUGCGUAAUCUUAUUUACGCCUUCUCGGGCGUACCCUCGUCGCACAUUAAGCCGGACGCUAACGUGGACCAGAUCGCAACGAUGCUGCAAUCGGGCCUGGCCUUUGUGCGCUUUAGAAUCGAUGAGGGCUUCAACAGUACCUUCCGAGCGCUGGCCAACGACUCGCUGGUCCUGAUCGGCUACUACAUCUGUGUGCAGAGCUACAUUGAGACCACCAACAUGACGGCGAGGUGCGGACGCACCAGUCUGUCCCUCGCCGCCGCCUUGACUGACCAAAUGCAGCAGUACUACGACCUGCUGGCCAAGUUGGAGACGGAAAUGCAGGAGCGGAAGCUUACUCUGAGGGAUCUGGUGCGGCAGGUGCGUCCCUGGAUCGCCACCCUGAAGGUGUUCUCCUCUAUGGGCCUCGUUGCCCGCGGCAAGAAGUCCAGCGCCCAGAUUCUCAACCAUUUGGAUGAGAUCUAUCGGCAGCUGAAGCCCAGCGAUCUGGAGCUGAAGGAGCUUGCGGCACAGGUCCUGGAGACCGUCAGCAGUGUCUACAUGAAGAUUGUGCAACUGUGGACACAGAAGGGCAUCAUCUACGACACACAGCGCGAGUUCUUUGUCGAGGAUUCGGAGCGUUCCAGUUCCAUGAGCAGCACCCUCCUGGCCCCGGAGCAGUGCUGCCACGCCUACUGGGAAAAUCGUUACACACUGCUGCCGGAGCGUCUGCCGGGCUUCCUGAACCCCCUGGCAGCGGAGAUAUUCCAUGCCGGCAAGUACCUCAACAUUCUGCGGCAGUGCAACGUGAAGCUGACCCUCAUGCAGGCUCCAAUCAAAUACGAUCCCAAGGAUCAGGGCUAUGUGGAUAUAAUUCGCAGCAGCUACGCGCUGCCGGGAGAGAAGCUGCUGGAGGUGCUGAAAACGGAGCACCACCUAAAGCAGCAUUUGGCCAAUCUGCACAGCUACUUCCUGCUGCAGCAGGAGGAGUUCGCUGAGGCAUUGCUGGCCACCUGCCAGAAGCAUUGGCAGAACAAUGUGGACCGCAUGAUACCGGAGAUGCUGCAGGGCUUGCUCACCGAGGCGCUGUUGACCAUCGACGAUCCCUUCAAGGAGCUGCUGCGCUGCCAACUCAAGGACUGCGAUGUGGCCACCCAGCUGCAGAAGCUGUUGACUCACGAGCAUGGAGAAGACGACAGUAAGGAGGGUAGCAACACCAGCGACGAAGGAGAGCCCCUCGAGGACCUAACUCUCUCCGGCUACGAGGCCUUUGCCCUGCGCUACGAGACCAAGUGGCCGCUCAGCCUCGUCCUACACUCCGAGCCGUUGCAGAAGUUGCAGCUGCUGCAGCGUGUCAUCUUGUUUCUGCGCUACGUGCAGCGCCAAUUGUCAGCGCUGUGGCAGGCCCCGACCGAGGCCGCCAGCUUCAGCUCGCAGAACGUUCGCUCCACUGCGCUGCGCCAACGCAUGCUGGGCAGCAUGACCAACCUGGAGCAGCACAUCACCCAGGACAUUGCGGAGCCGCGCUGGCAGAUGCUCACCUUUCUGGCCGACAAUGGCCAGCACAUUGACGAGCUGCUCGAGCGGCUCAACAUUACUUUGGAGGAGUGCCUGCGUCUGGGCCUGCUCUCGGGCGCCAUUGCCUUUGUGCGUUCCCUCUUCACGCUCGGCCAGGUGUGCCUCAACUUCUGCGGCGUCGCGGAGACUCCGCUCUGUGACGAAAAGGCCUUCGAUGAGGCCGUCUACGAGUACGAGACUGAGUUUGGCAGCUUCCUGCAGAGCAUCCUAGAACUGGUGCGGGAGCUCGCCAUCUCCACCAGCAGCACCAAAGAGGACGAGCGCCGAGCCUGCCAGCAGUUGCUGUUACGCCUGGAGGCCUACAACUAGCAGUUUUUUCCGUUUUAAAUUUGUUUACGUUUCGUUUAAUGUUUUUCGUUUUAUGUGCCACAGUAGCAUGUCACACCUUUGGUGGCAUGCCUCCCAACCUAAUGAUCUAUUGGUCAAACCCUUGCCAAAUUAGCCGUGCCAACAAAUUUUGUAAUGUGACAAGCCCCCAAA